GGAGGGAGCACUGUGGAAGGGCCAGUGAUGAGGAGCCUUGGUGUUGGACUAACGUUCUCUUCUCCCCGCCCCGCAGCCUGUGGACAGGUGGUACACGCAGAGAAUGUGACCGUGAUGGAGGGGGAGACGGCGGAGAUCACCUGCCGACUGCACAGUUAUGAUGGCUCCAUCGUGGUGAUUCAGAACCCCAACCGGCAGACCCUGUUCUUCAACGGCACACGGGCGCUGAAGGACGACCGUUUCCGCCUGGUGUCCUUCACCAAUCAGCACGUGCGUGUGGCGCUGUCCGAUGCCCGAGUGGAGGAUGAGGGUGGUUACUUCUGCCAGCUGUAUGCUGAGGACACGCACCACCAGGUCGCCGUGCUGACUGUGCUAGGUAAGUCCAACUCCCUCCUCCACCCCCACGUCCUGGGCUCAAUCCACAGGGGUUCCUGCAAACUCUGGAGGGUUAACAUGAUGGCUCUGAGGUGGACUCCUUUUGAAAUGGGGAACUAAUUCAGAAACUGGAGGUCCGCAGGGUCCUGGGAGUCCUCGUGCAGCAUUCCCUAAAGGUUAAUCGCAGGUUGCGUUGGUGGUGAGGAAGGCAAAUGCAUUUGCAAAGGACCAGAGCACAAGAGCAAGGACGUGGUGUGAUGCUGAGGCUCAGACGGCACAGGUCAGGCCACACUGGGCAGGUUUGCUCACAAAGAACGUGCCGGUAUGGGAUGGAAGGGUUUGAGCCUGUACUGACAGGAGUGUAGAAGAAGGAGGGUGGAGCGCCGUGGGACAGGUGGCGGAGACGGGGGCCAGGCACGGGACAGUGGUGCGGAUGCUGAGGCUCAGACGGCACAGGUCAGGCCACACUGGGCAGGUUUGCUCACAAUGAACGUGCCGGUAUGGGAUGGAAGGGUUUGGGCCUGUACUGACAGGAGUGUAGAAGAAGGAGGGUGGAGCGCCGUGGGACAGGUGGCGGAGACGGGGGCCAGGCACGGGACAGUGGUGCGGAUGCUGAGGCUCAGACGGCACAGGUCAGGCCACACUGGGCAGGUUUGCUUACAAAGAACGUGCC